UUCAUUCUCACUUUGACACAAACUUUUACAUUAAAUUUGUGUAUAUUGAAUAUAAGAAAUGGACACCGGCCCAGAAGAACCGGAAAUAGAUUUCCUGUUCGACAUUAUUGUUACAAAUAUGGAAAUAUUUAAGGCGGUACAAGAACCCGAAAGACUGGAGGCGCACGUCAAGUUUGCCGGUAUGAACAUAAAAGUCACACCCAGUAGGGUUAAUGUCAGUGACUUUGUGAACAACAGGAAAUUGGGGUUUAAAUCUUCGCCAUAUGCAUUGCGAAGUAAAAUUGAGGACCAAGGAUUGCAGAUAGCCGCCCGUUAUGAUGGAUCAACGCUGGGCACUAAUGUGCUACUCUUCCCGGACAGCUUUAUCGACAAAAUAUGCCCCACCAUGAGCGAUCUCUAUCACGAGGAAACUUUUCCUCUGAUUCGCCGGUCUGACUGUGUUGGCUCUAUUUCCAUACUCUUAAUUCUGAACGUCAAGUGUACAGAUUUAGAUAUAGUCAAACCGGAGGAAACGCGUAGAUCGAGCUCCCGCCGAUCUUCCAGGAAAUCAUCUGUAACUGCAAUUCCUAUUAAAAAAGUGGAAGAUAAAGUGGACUGCCAAGGACUGGGACCGACAAUAAACCCCCAGGACGUGAUGUUUCUCGUUGGCGAUCCCGAUCCUCUGUUAAAGGUUCCAAAGAAACCAUGUCCAGAACUUCCAUCAGAGGAAGGUGACGAUCGCCUGACUCUUGACUUGCAACGCUAUACGAGCUUGCAGAAUAGGCGAGUGAUCUUCCCUGAUGACGACCCUUGUCCCAAAGAGAAGCCCUCAUUCAGUGAACUAAAGAAGCUAACAGAUGAAUACGCAAAGUACAUUGAGUUGGUGUCAGAAAAGGUUAAGAAAAUGGAAGUACCUACUAGCGCGACGGAAGCACCUGCGGGGAAAGACGAUUCUACUUUACUAGCUCCCGAAGAAGCCCCGGAUGACCGAUGGAUCCCCGUUCCCAUAAGAGACGAUACGGAAUAUGGUAUAAAGCCCAUACGCUUUUGCCCUGUUUGUUUGUACACCUUGUCCUGGUUACCAAAAUUUACACCCUGUCCCAAAUGCAACACCAAGCCACGUCCCGUACUGGAAGGACAUCCAGAUGGGCAAAUGACUGCGGAUCAAAUCAUAGCAGAGCAGCUGGUAAGACCCAAGAUUCCCGAUGAAAAUGAUGAGACUUGCAUUAAACCCUGCCCAGGCCCAAUUAGGAAGGCCAAGAAAGCUAAGAAGAAAAAUGAAAUGGAUGAAUUUGUUCCAGACUCUGAGUCCGAUUUGGAGUGUCCCCCAUGCCGCUGCACCUGUACGCAGUUUACAAUUUGCGCCCAUUGCCGGAUUCGCCGUAUGUGUGAGGACAUUUUUAAAAAAGAGGACUCGAAAUCGGUAAUAGAAAGAAUACAUAUAGAAGUGCCGCAACCUGGUUCAAGCGAGGAUUUCUGCGUGAUCCCAGAGCCCAUCAAUGAUCGUCCGUACUUGUCGAGAGUUCUAACCGAGCUAAAAAAUCUAUAUACUCUGCACGACACCAACAAACUUUUGCACAUCAAGAAACGUUGCGAAUCACAAACACUCCUCCCAAGUCGCUCCUCGAAAUCCACCAUAGGAAUGAGAUCUUUCCACAAUGAUUUUGAUGCUCACAUUCCCGGAGCCUUCCAUCGCAUUUCGGCGGGCCACAAGACAUGUCUGCCUGUUGAUAAAAACGUUCCGCGGCACCAUGGUUGGGAUUGGCCGCGAAGCCCACAGGCCAGGAAGCACGGCUGGAGACCAGGAUCCAUCCUUCGAGCAGCGGCGCAAGUGAUGCGCUAUUUCCUGAUGACCAAGGAGGAACGUGGCAUGUGCCAAAGGAUUACUUCUGAACACGAGGAGCGGGAGCGUCGUGCUCAACCAGUUCUUAAUAUUUGCAAGAAGGACGGUGUGAUAUUCGUUACCCUUCGCGCUUUGCCCACCUUGGAGAUGAAACAGAGGCCCAUAACUUUUAGGAUUGUGAAGAGCGAGCUAGCACUGGCGUUGCGUCAGAUAAAGAGUUCCUUAAAGGGACAGGGCUUCAGGAAGUGCACUUGCCACAAAUCCCUAAUGCUGUGCACCUGUCGCAAUGCCUUGGAGAAAUUCGAACUCAAUAAGGCCCUCGAAAAGGAGUGUCAGCGUCACAUCAUGGAGCCGUGUCCAGAGCACUUGGUGCUUACAGAUACGAGUGUAAGUGACUUAGAGUUCGACCUGGAUGUCACUCCUCCUGCAGGAACCCAAUGGACAAAAGGUACAGCCCUCCGGAAUGUGGUAAAUCAUGAAACCCAGACUCAAACCAAAGGAAUACCAUCCAUUGAGCCCCAGUAUCCUGUGCAAGAUAGUCCUCAGUGGAGAGCAUUUGAUUGCGCUGCCGGGGAUCGAUACAUGGGAACUCCCUUCGGGAACAAUGUGGAAACUGUUUUCGAAGACGGAAUCUUCGGAUACAGAGGCGGAGGUCAGCAUGGGCGACCUCCCUUUCCGCGAGAUCGUAAAGUUUGGGGAAGGCGAAUAGGAGCACCCAUGCCCAUAGCAAAAAAUCGUCAAUCUAUCGAUCCUUAUACUUUCACCCGAACAGUUUGGAAAUCACUUCCAAAGAAGAUUAUCAAGCAAAUGCGCACAAAUCGCACACUGUAAUACUCCUAACAAUAAAUAUUAUAUAAUA